UUUUGGUGUCUGGAGCUUGCCGUACGGAGAUAUAAAAUGUUGUUGAACCGGAAGUCCCGCCCCUUUUCGUCCCCUCACUGGCUGAUUGACCUUCAGUCCGCUCACACGGCAACAUGCCUCGCAAGAUCGAAGAAAUCAAAGAUUUCCUGCUGACAGCCAGGAGGAAGGAUGCCAAGUCCGUAAAGAUCAAGAAGAACAAGGACAACGUGAAGUUCAAGGUGCGCUGCAGCAGAUACCUGUACACACUGGUCAUCACAGAUAAGGAAAAGGCAGAGAAGCUCAAACAGUCCCUGCCCCCAGGUCUGGCUGUCAAGGAGCUGAAGUAAAUCCAAGAUGUACAGAUAAUUGUAAUAAAAAUGGAAAAAAAAAGUUUCUUUGUGUCUGUGUUUUAUUUA